CUAUAAAAAUAAACUUCGCUGGAUAGUUGAUUAUUUAAUUUAGUACUUACACAAUGGCGCAAGGAUCGUAUCCAAUGUUGCGCGUGAAGCCUAGCCAAUUAUUUGAUCCCGGCAUCAAGUCGAUAUUGUUAUUUUGCGACUCUGUCGACUUUGGGGAAAGCGAGUCCGAAGACAAGAUGCCGGCGGCCACGGGUCCCCCCGCGGACCCCAGCACGGAGCAGAAGGAGAAGCUCAUAGCCGCCGUCAAGAAGGAGGUCAAGCAUCUGAUGGAAGAGGCGGUGACACGCAAGUUCGUGCACGAGGAGAGCGGCGGGGUGACGGCGCUGUGCGGCGCGGUGGAGGCGUGCCUCGGCCAGGGGCUGCGGCGCCGCGCGCUCGGCCUCUUCAAGACCAACUCUACCACCGCACUGCUGCAUAAGAUCGCUAAGCACUGCCCAGAAGCGGCUCUAAUCUCGGCGCGGGUGCUAGCGGCGGAGGGCGUCCCAGCCACGCGGUCGGCGUCCGGCGUGGAGCGCCGCCCGUCCGCGCCGCGCCCGCCGCUGUGCAAGCGCGGCUCCGGCUCGCUCACCACGCCGCCGCAACCCAGAUACCUGUGGAUCCGCCUCGCCCUCUUCGAGCGUCAACUGGCCAAGAUCAUCGAGCACCUGGUGGGCACGGCGCCGCGGUACUACGAGCGAGACGCGCUGGUCGCCGACCCCGACUACGGGAGCAUCCUCAGCUCGCUGCUCGUGGGGCCCUGCGCGCUGGAGUAUUCGAAGGCGAAGGCGCCGGCUUGCUUUUGGACGGAUCCGCCGGCUGAUGAGCUGGUGCAGCGUCACCGCAUGUCGGCGGGCACCACCACGCCACCCACCGUCCGCCGGCCGAUCCUCAACUAUAGGAGGAGCCUCAACACCUCGUCUGACGACACAAACAACGCUAACGCAGGUGGAAAUAACGCACCAGGAUCCACAGCCAAGGACUACGUGGAGAGCCUCCAUCAGAACUCCCGAGCAACCCUCCUCUAUGGCAAGAAUAACGUGCGAGUUCAACCGAAAGACGUGGAGGAGCCGAUGCCAGGGUACUUGAGCCUGCACCAGACCGCGGCCGGCCUCAUCAUCAAGUGGACCCCCAACCAGCUCAUGAACGGGUACACUGAGAGCGAAGGGGUAGACAAAAGCUUGCUCCGCUGUCACCUAGUGCAUGCGUCCGCGUGCCAAAACAAGUCUGUUCUGUGUAGCGCCGGCCCACUGUGCACCGUCUACCGCCGCGCGUGUUUCGGCCCACUGUGCGUCGAUUGCGUGUACUGGGCGAUGUCGCUGCAAGUGCUGGUGUGGGAGGUGGUGUACGUGCACGUGCACCGCUCGCCCGGCGGCGACGCGCUCAUCCUGGUCGGCCAGGACGGCGUGCAGCGCCCGCCCGUGCACUUCCCUAAAGGAGGUCACCUGCUCUCAUUCCUGAGCAACCUGGAGACAGGUCUGCUGCCGCACGGGCAGCUGGACCCGCCGCUGUGGUCUCAGAGAGGCACUGGGAAGGUGUUUGGCCGCGGCAAGGGGCGGCGCCGGCCCAUGCCGAGCCUCUGCGAGAGCGGGGAGGCCGAGGAGGCGGACUGCGACGAGGUGGCUGGGGACUACGUCUUCAGGAUCGUCAACAACGCCAUCGCUGAUAGAGAAGCAAUGCGCCACUCGCUCCUAGAGCGCGCAGUAUCGUCGCCCCCGCGCACCCCGCGCCGCACCCUCGCGUCCACGUCCACCACGUCGUCCGACUCGUCCACCAUGUCCGUGGACUGUCCGCCGUCCGCGGGCGUGAAUGGACAUCCGCCCAUGAACCCGGCGGCGCAUCUGCCCGUGGAGCAGUCAGCGUCAAUAGAACUCGUCUGCAGCACGAUGCGGCGACAGAUCAUCUCGCGCGCGUUCUACGGCUGGCUGGCGUACUGCCGCCACCUGUCCACCGUGCGGACGCACCUCAGUGGACUCGUGCAUUCUAAUAUUGUGCCUGAUGACGACACAGAAGGCGGUCUAACCGAGGAGCGAUGGCGGGCGAUGUCGGACGAGCACGGCGCAGUGUGCGACAAGGACGAAGUAUACCGGCUCGUGUACUACGGAGGAGUGCAGCACGAUAUACGCAGGGAGGUGUGGCCGUACCUCCUGGGGUAUUAUGAAUUCGGCUCAACAUCCGCAGCCCGAGCAGAGCAGGACGUGGCGUGCCGGCGCCAGUACGAGACCACCAUGUCGGAGUGGCUGUGCGUGGAGGCCAUCGUGAAGCAGCGCGACCGCGAGCAGACCGCCGCGUCUAUAGCCAGGCUGAACGAGGCUCAGGGGAAGCUGAAGCCCGUGGAGAAUGUUUCUUGUGAGGUAUUCGAAGACGACCUUAGUGUCAUAUCAGAUAACCCACCAGUAGUGUCACCGGAACCCAGUGAAACUGAAAAGAGACCUGAAAACAAACCGGUUCUAUCCAGAGCACCUAGUAUAGAAGACGUAGAGAAUAUUGAGUUAGACACGGAAGAGAAAGAGAAAGAUGAUUCAAUAGUUAACGGAGAGACUGAGAAGGGUGAUAGUAGGGAGAGUGUAGAUAUAGACAGUCUAAAAGACUUAAACGAAGAAAACGAAAUACAUAUAAAGAGUCCUAUACAAAACCCUGAUUUGAGAAGAGAAAGCAUAGCGGAAAUAAAACGACUAGCAGAAGGUAUAGUCCAAAAAGGUGAUGGACGUGGCCCGCUGUGCAGUGUGGAUAGUGGGAAUAUCAACUUUAAUGGGAACGACUUGAGGUCGUCUUUGGAUGAGAGUUUGCCUCCGCCAACUCCUCAUCAGCAUCAGCAGCACAGCGUGAUCGUCACCAAUCCGUCUGUGGAUUUAGCCGCUUCAGGAUCGCCGGCUUCUGGCAGUGGCACCGCCAAUGUGAGUCCAGCCCGAAGUCCUCUGGGAGUGGUGAGGGAAGAGAGCCACUCUGCUGGGGCUUCCUUCGAUACGUUGGAACCUUCUGGAGAGAACAAGCCAGACAACCGAUCCAACUGUGUCUCACCCGCUAGCUCUAAUGGUGGAGUUUACUCUAAUGAACUGGUGGAAAGUUUCGCUCUCAACCUUCAUCGCAUAGAGAAAGAUGUCCAAAGAUGCGACCGUAACUACCCAUUCUUUACGGACGAAAAUCUGGAUAAGCUGAGAAAUAUCAUGUGCACCUACGUGUGGGACAACCUGGAGAUGGGCUACAUGCAGGGCAUGUGCGACCUGGCGGCUCCCCUCCUAGUCAUGAUGCAGGAGGAGGCCGCGGCGCACGCGCUGUUCCACCGACUCAUGCUGAGGGCCAAGGACAACUUCCCGUCCGGGCAGGCUAUGGAUGCGCAUUUUGCUGAUAUGAGGUCCCUCAUCCAGAUCCUGGACUGCGAGUUGUAUGAGCUGAUGCACGCGCACGGCGACUACACGCACUUCUACUUCUGCUACCGCUGGUUCCUGCUCGACUUCAAGAGGGAGCUGCUUUACAAGGAUGUGUUCGCAGCCUGGGAGCUGAUCUGGGCAGCCAGGCAGGUGUCGUCAGAACACAUGGUGCUGUUCAUGGCGCUAGCCCUGCUGGAGACCUACCGCGACGUCAUACUCGCCAACGCCAUGGACUUCACUGAUAUUAUUAAGUUCUUCAAUGAAAUGGCGGAGCGUCACGACGCGACGUCGGUGCUGGCGCUGGCGCGGGAUCUCGUGCUGCAGGUGCAGACCCUCAUAGAAAACAAAUAAAUACUAAUAAUAUUGUAACAUUGAAGUAACCCCUGCAUACCUAGCACGGGGCGCGAGCGAGACGCGCAUCACAAGACGUGACAAAAAUGUUGCGUCGCGGUAGCUCCCAUCCCGCGGCCUCGAGUGUGUAGCUUAUCACGUGUAUGAAGAGGCUAGCGUGACUUAAAGUUAUGUCACAGUGUCGCAGAUUUAUAUCACACUCGUUCACAUUUCUCGAUCUCGUCAUCAACCAUCAAAAUACGACAUGAUAAAUAUUGUCACAAGUUGUCAUACGAUCCAUGCUGGUAGGCCGGUUAUUGUACCACCUAUUUGAUCUAUUUGUGGGAAUUAUACGAGAAUAACGAUACGCGAACGUACGAUAUUGUGAAGUUUAUCUACGACGAUAAAGGAAAGUACCUACCGUGUCGUGUAUGACGUUAUAGACGGAAGAUAAAUAAUAGAAAUAUAAUAUUUAUUUAUACCUAGUUAAAAUAUAUAAUAUAUUAAUAUAUAUGUAUACUUACAUAAUAAAUAAUACUUAUUUAUAUCAAAA